GAUGACAUCACAAAGGUCAGCGAGGAGUUGGACAAGAUGAACGGGGAGAUCCUACAGCUCAUCGAUGAUGAGUCCAACAAGGUGAAGGAAGCCCAGGUCGCUACUGAGAGCCGUAUCGCCACGCUGGAGAUGGCCUUCACUGCUCGAACCCAGGCCCUGGGAGACAUGGACGCCCAACUCUCGGCGCGGCUGGACGACGUGGUGGCGGCAAGUCAGGAGGCCAUGGACAAUCUCCGGGAUGCCCUCUCGGCGGAGACGGGAAGGUUGGUGGAGCGCUUCGGCCAGGUCCAGGAUGAUGUCCAAGCGAUCGAAGCGGAGGUGCUCCGCCGCUGCGAAGAUAUGGGCGAGGCUCAGGCAGAGGCAAAGUUGGCUCAGGAUGAAAUGUUUGGCAAUCUCCAAGCCAACGUGGGGGAGCUGGGCGCCAAAAUCCAGGAAAGCCACUUGGCGGAGGUCGAUCUGCAAAAGCAGAUCACGGUCGCACAGGAGGCUCUUCAGGCUGCCGAUGUACGUGCAACCGCCUUGGAGGAACUGCUGGCGCAGGAGAGCACACGCGCCAGCACCGCCGAAGAGUCGCUCACACGCACAGCCGAGGGGCUGGCAGCGCAACAAGCGAAGCAGGGUGGUGAGCAGUUGGCACUGGCGGAAAAGCUCAAG